GGACAAUGGAUUGAAAAUAUUUCAUUUUUAUUAUUCUAUGUAACAUUCAGUUGAUGAUUAUACAUUCUAGAAUCAAUCAAAGAAAUUUAACAAUGUUUUUUAUCAUAUUCUAUUAUUCUAUUCUAUUAUUAAUUCAAUUCAAGUUGAUUACAAGUGAUGAAUGUCCUAAAAGAUGUUCAUGUAUGGGACAAACAAUACGUUGUCAAAAUGUUGGUUUUCGAACUAUGCCACGAUUACCAACUAUUGUACCUAGUUCAGAUGGUGGAGUUCUUGAAUAUUUAACAAUUGUAGAAAAUUCAAUUAUGCGUUUAGAGAAAGCAUCAUUUGAAGGACAUUUAGAUUUGUUACGUUUAGAAUUAUAUUCAAAUCAAAUUGUAUGGAUAUCAGUUGAAGCAUUUAUUGGUAUGCCAAUGCUUAAAGUUUUAGUGUUACGUUCAAAUCGUCUGGCUUAUUUACCACAAGAUGUAUUUACACCAGUGUAUACAUUAGAAGAAUUAGACUUGUCAAACAAUCAGCUAAAACAUAUACCAUUUUCAGUGGAAGGUUUAAUUUAUCUAAAGCGUUUAUCACUUGGUAAUAAUCCAAUUCAUUGUCCUUGUGAAUUAGUUGAUUUUUCAUUAUCGCUUAUGUACGUGGAAUCAAAAUCAUCAAGAGUCACUUGUCAUAGUCCACCACAAGUACGCAAUAUUAGACUAUCAGAUUUAGCUGGUCGCCUUCGUACUCUAGUAAAUCAAACACGUUUACUAGGCUAUCAAGCAAUAAGUAAUCCAGACAGAAAUAAGGUACUUUAUUCAGAACCUUAUCAACAAUUAUAUGGUCAUUGGCCAUGGCCACAUUGUCCAAGACAAGAUUUUGGUGGAAAGACACCUCAAUUACUGACUGUAUCAGAUAGUAAUUACGAAACAAAUGAUCCAACUUCAAAUGAUCUUAUUAAUAAUAAUCCCGAGCAAAACAAUCCAGAUAAUCCUGAGAAUAAAGCACCAACUAUAGUUGUUCAACUGCAAAAUGUUAAAGUAGUGGCUGGUGAAGUAGCCAGAUUUAUAUGUAGAGGGGAAUCAGGUGUUUCUAGUCAAAUCACAUGGAUUUUACCUGUUAAAGCUACACGUUAUAUAAGACUCUAUAGAAGACGACAAAUUCUAGAAAUUACCGAGGCUCAUGAUUAUCAUGAGGGCAGUUAUACCUGUGUAUUAUCUAACUCAUAUGGUGUUGUUACAUCAGAAGGUAUUCUUCAACUAAUCCAACCAACAAAACCGACAAUAAUUGAAGCUCCACCAGCUGAUGAUAACUCUGUAGCAGAACAUUCAGUUAUGGAUUUACGUUGUACAGCGAAAGGUUUACCAAAACCUUAUAUAUCAUGGGUAUGGCAAAAGGACAGUUUACCAUUACAGCUAGUUACAGGUGGUCGAUAUAUUGUACGUAGUCAUAGCACAGAAAUAGAUUCAUUACAAUUCCAAUUUCAAAAUAAUUUGAGUAUUUAUUCAACAGACCAAUAUAUUCUAGCUGAAAAUGAGAAAACAGAAACAAUGAGUGUAUUAUUAGUUCGAAAUGUGACCACCGAAGAUGCACAUGGUAGAUAUAUAUGUUAUGUAGCAAACAGGUUAGGUUCAGCACGUGUUUCUACAGUAAUUCGUGUUCUGUCUGAUGGUGCUCAUCAUGUAUCAUCCGGUUCUGAAACUUAUGAUGGGACAAUGGAAAAUGAAGAUAUAAAUCAUAAUUCAUCAAAUUCUAAACCCAAUGAUGGUGAUGAUCUUGUCAAAGAAAUAAUAGAAAAAGCACGUAAACGUAUUGAAACAGCUAUUCGCAAAACAGCUGAUCGUUUAAGAGAUACAGGUCGGAGAAGAUCGUCUGCAGAUAUUGCUUCAUUAUUUCGACAACCAAACCGUGCAGCACUUGAAUUAGCUAAAGCAGCUGAAGUUUAUGAGGCAGCAAUCGAUGAAGUGACCAGCAUCUUACGUCAAAGAAAUCAAAAACAUUUUGAAUUUAACAAAACUGAUACAAUGCCGGAUGAAUUUAAAGAUUAUGAUGAGAUUGAUCCAAAUUCACGUGAUACAUUAGGUGUUGAACUGAAUACAGAUCAAUUGGCUAUAAUAGCUCAAUUAUCAGGCUGUCAAAGUGCUCAACAAGUAGAUCCAUGUUCAAGACAAUUAUGUUUUCAUUUACGCUAUCGUUCAAUUGAUGGUACAUGUAAUAAUUUAAAUCACCCUAGGUGGGGUGCCGCAUUGGUACCAUUCAGACGUUUAUUACCACCAAAAUAUGAAAAUGGUAUGAAUACGCCAAUUGGAUGGUCUUCUACAAAAUUAUAUUUUGGAUAUCCUAAACCAUCUGCUCGAUUAGUUUCUCGCGAACUAUUGGGCAAUGCAUCUUUGAUGGUUGAGCUAAGCAAUACUAUAGAAGCUUAUAAUAAACGAAUGAAAAUGAAGAAAAAUGAAAUGUCAACAAUGAACGUUUCUUCUAAAUCCAGUAAAAAUGAAAUGUAUCCAAUGGAAACAAAUUAUUCCGAAAUUCAAAUGAUCAAUAAUACUAACGAUACUGAUAACAAAUUAUUUGAUGAAGAUAAUAAAUUCAGUGGAAUGUUAAUGCAAUGGGGACAAUUUUUAGAUCAUGAUUUAGAUUUUACACCAGUCGAUGCAUCAACCAGUCGAUUUAGUGAUGGUCUCGGCUGUAAUGAAACAUGUAUUAAUGAUCCACCAUGUUUUCCAAUAUUAGUACCUCCAGAUGAUCCACGUAUUAAACAUCGUUGUAUUGGAUUUUCACGAUCUAGUGCAACUUGUGGUUCUGGUUCAACAUCAAUUUUAUUAGGUAAACCAAGAUACAGGGAACAAUUAAAUCAAAUCACAGCAUUUAUUGAUGCAUCCAAUGUAUAUGGAAGUGACGAUUUUGAAAAUAGUCAGUUGAGAGAAACACUUUUUGAUGAAGGUAAAAUGAGAGAAGGUAUGCCAACAGAAGCUGGUAAAUCUUUAUUACCUUUCAAUAUUCGAGGACAGGUUGAUUGUCAAGCUGAUCCCAAACAAGAUUUUGUGCCAUGUUUCAAAGCUGGUGAUCAUCGUAGCAAUGAAAAUCUUGGUUUAUUAUCAUUACAUACUUUAUGGUUAAGAGAACAUAAUCGAUUAGCUGAUGGUUUACGAACAUUAAAUCCACAUUGGUCAGGUGACAGAAUAUUUAAUGAGGCUAGAAAAAUUGUAGGUGCAUCUAUGCAAGCAAUUACCUAUCAGUCUUGGUUACCAAUGGUAUUAGGUGCUGAUGGAAUGCAAUUGCUAGGAGCAUACAAUGGAUAUGAUGAUCAAAUUAAUCCAACAAUUAGUAAUGAAUUCGCUACAGCUGCAAUGAGAUUCGGUCAUACUAUGGUGCCACCUAUUGUGUUUAGAUUGAAUGAAAAUUGGGAAACUAUAGAUGAAGGUCAUUUGUUGCUACAUCAAGCAUUUUUUGCACCCGAUCGGUUACUUAAAGAUGGUGGUAUGGAUCCUAUAUUAAGAGGUCUUUUAUUUAACGGUAUACGUGAUCGUUCAAGAAAUCCGUCAUUGAAUAGUGAAUUAACUGAACGAUUAUUUGCUAUGGCUCAUGAACUUGCACUGGAUUUAGCAGCACUUAAUGUUCAACGUGGACGAGAUCACGGACUACCAGGUUAUACGGAAUAUGCAUAUAAAGUUUGUGGAUUAGGCAAUUCAGCGUAUCCAAAUUCAUUCAACGAAUUAAAAUCAAGAAUUUCAAACCACAUAUUUUGGAAGGAUUACGAAGAGUUUAUGGUCACCCAGGCAAUAUAGAUUUGUUUACAGGUGGAAUAUUAGAAGAUCUUCUUCCAGACGCUCGAGUUGGCCCAACAUUCGCUUGUAUCAUAGCAGAACAGUUUCGUAGACUUCGGUCAGGUGAUAGAUUCUGGUAUGAAGCACCUGGUAUAUUUUCAUCAGCUCAGUUAGCCGAGAUCAAACGUGCAGGAUCUAGUUUAUCACGCAUUAUAUGCGAAAAUUCAGAUAAUAUCACUGAAGUCCCUGAAAAUGCAUUCAUUCGAUCUAAUGGUAAACAAGACCUUAUCGAUUGUAGUCGUAUAUCAAGAUUGAAUUUAGCUGUAUGGAAAGAAUGCCCAUUUACAAGCGGUUUCUUAAGUCCACAUCAUGGUACAGCAUACAUUACUGAUACUGGUAAAUUAGAACAGACUGAAUCUUUAUUCGUCAAAAGAUAUAGACGUGAUACCGUAACUAAUGAAAAUAUUUCAUUACAAACUAGGAAUAAUCACAGCGAAACAGAACAAUUAGCGUUAUUAUCAAAACGAAUUAAACAAUUGGAAGAUCAAAUACAUAUAUUAAUGAAAGAAAAAUGAAACCAAACGAAACAUAAAUAGGUAAUAAUUGCAACAUACUUCUCGUAUAUAUUUUUUAGGAGAAAUAAAAGAACUAGACAUGUUUAUGCUUAAAAAAAGAACUUAUACAAAGUGGUUGAAUAAAACUUAAACAAAAUGAGAAGAAUCACUUUAUCCUUUUUCUAUUUUUUAAUUAUCAAUAAUGAGCUUAUUUCAUUGUAAAUCAUUUACAGGAGAGGAACUAAAUUAAAUCAGUAAGACUUUAGGAUUAUUAGAACAUUGUAUAAUAAUACUAGGCUUAGUUACUAAACUAUUCAUUUGAAUAAUAAUGAUAAUAAUAAUAAUAGUAAUGUAAUAUGCAUAUGCUUGCUUACCUUUUUUAAUUAUCAUCAAUAUUGUUACUAUGAGUAGUUUGAAAUACAAUUCGUAUAACUUGAUCAAAAUGGGACUGUUAUUGAUUGAUUGUAUUUAUAUCUUGAUUAUUGUUAUCAUUAUUUAGUUGUUUACAUUUGUAUAAUAAAUGAUGGAAUAAACAAAAGAAUGUUGUAUCAUUAUGCCUGUUAAAACAUAUUUUAUCAUUGUGAAUUAUAAGCAGUUAUUUGAAAUUAAACAAUUUUUCUUGAAUG